UGAAAUAGGCCAGUCGUUGAAUUUUCAAUCUAUUCUCCAAGUGAUAGAAAAUUCGAGUGCGAUGAUUCACCAGAAAAAAAUAUUCUGCAGGCGAAUCUGAACUAAAGAAAAUUCGGUAGUGAAAACAUAAGAUGGAAUCGGAAGGUGAAGCCAGCAACAGCAAACAAACUCCUAAGAAAAGAAAACAUCACAAACACAAGUUUGGUUAUCAGUCUCAGCAGGCUGAUAGCCAAUCAGGAAAUUCCAGAUCACUGUCUAAACUGAAUGAGGUGCAAGGUGACUUAUUUUCAUGUCCUGUCAGUGAUUCCCUUGCUCACUGUAUAAGUGCUGAUGCCAGGAUGGGCAAAGGGAUAGCAGUCCUCUUUAAAAAUAAAUUUGGAGGAGUGGAGGAGAUCAAAAGUCAAGGGCAGAAGCCAGGAGGCGUAGCUAUUUUGAAAAAAGGAGAAAGAUUUGUCUAUUACUUGGUCACCAAGGAGAAGUCUUUUCAUAAACCAACAUACAAAACUUUGCAGUCAUCACUGGAAGCCAUGAGAGACCAUUGUCUUACCCACAAUGUGAUUGGCCUAUCAAUGCCGAAGAUUGGUUGUGGCUUAGAUGGUCUACAAUGGUACAGAGUUAGUGGUAUCAUACAUCAAGUAUUUCAAGAUACAAAUAUUAAUGUGACUGUUUAUAGCUUGUAGGAAUUAAAGGAUUUCACUUUCAUCCAGAAAUCCUUAAAGAGUAACACGUUCAAAACACAUGAAUAAAAUGUGUAGCUUUAUUCAAUGUUCUUGUCACAAAUUGUUUAAAUUAGAAAGUUAAAAAAAAAGUAUAUUUAAUUUGUUGCUGUUUCUCCAUUCAGAAUUUUGCAUGUGUUUAAUGUCUAUACUGGAUCAGUGUAUCAGUUACAAAAUGCUCCUAAGAGGGUUGUAGCACAAGUGUCAAAGCUGCAGGAGAUUGGACAUGCUAGAGAAAAUUUUUAGAGACUGGCCCUUGCUGUUUUGUCUCUUGAUGUACUUCUAGUGCUCUCUUACAGGCUAGUUGAUGUAGGAUAGUAAACUUAAGACUUUAGGAAGGUAAAUGUAGAAAAUACAGUUACCACUGUGAUGUUGUGAACAUAGAAAGGUCAAGAUAUAAAAGUUUACUUUUCUUAAUUACUAAACAUACAAGAUGGAUUUGCUUCUAAAUAGUAAGGCAUGAUAUUCUCUGUCAAAGAUGCAUUGUUUUAGGGUUGUAUAAAUGUUGUUGUUGUUGUUGCUUUUUUUUUAGUGAUGUUUUUUCCUUAUUAUUAUAUGAAUAAGAAAGUAUUAAUAAACAGUCGACCUUGCUUUA